AUGUGGAUAGAAAUUUGCAACUUUACUCGUUCAGAUGGGACUUUACAGUUUCCGAAUUUGCGCUUACUAUUAAGUAUCAUUAGAGCACUUGCUCAUUCAAACACUGCGGCGGAAAGGGCAUUUUCUCUCAUACCUAAUUUUAAGACAAAAAAAAGGAAUAACCUCAGUCACAUAACCCUGAAUUCACUUUGUGUGAUAAAAUCUGUCUCCAAUUCAGGGAACCUACGAGUAUCAGAAAUAUCGAUCGACAAAAGUUAUAUUGGGUUGAUGUCUUCAUGUAAUUUGUACUCAAAAGCGAAGAAGGCCGCACCCAAAAGCUUGACUUUGUAUUCCUGCGAAAGUAGUGAUGAUUGUUGA